UUUUUUGGGGGCGGCAGGGAUGUUCUCUUGUUCCUUCUUCGUGGCGAUUUUUUCUAGGGUUCUAGGGUUUUGGCCUGUGUUGUGUCUCCAAUAUGAGACUUUGAGGAGAUUUGGUGAUAGGUGGAAGGAAGGUUUUGACCGCUCCGCAGUCUGUUCUUUCGUGCGGAUUUUUGUGUGUUUUUGGCGAUUCUUUUCGCGUGGCCAGUGUUUUUGAUUUCUUGGUUGGAUUUGAGGGCGUGGAUUUUAACUUAACCCUCUCUUCCCUCUUCUGCAUUUUGUAGGUUUUUUCAGUUUCUGUGCUAUAGGAUUCAGGGGUUUUAGGGGUGGAUAGUUGAUAUUAGCCUAGUUUCGAUCUUUGCUGUGUUUAUCUACAAAUAAUUUCCUUUUCUCUUUUCUAGGGCACAGAGUUCUUGGAAAAGGUAGGACGGAUAUCUCUGUCUGAUAAAUUUCGACAUUGCAGAAUUUUUCAGCAAGAAUGUUUGGUGGUACAUUUUCUUAGUUUCUGCGACCAUAUUCAGCGCCUAGUUGCAUUCUGUAUCGAUCCGUAUAUUUGUAAACAGCAGAAAAAUCUAAUCUUGUGUUGGUGAGGAGCUGCCUUGUAAAUUUUUUGGUAAUUUCAUCCUUAAAAUGUCUGUGUUCUUGAGCGAUUAUUUUACCGCGUAACGUUCAGCUUACACCUUAUGGUAGUACUCUGCAAUUUGCUAUGUAUUGAGGAGAUUUCUCUUCAUUUUCAUUGUUGAUAUAUGAACUCCGCUUUUGGACAUUUGGUGGUGCCAAAGGAACCAAGAGAAUCCCUGUUGCUGCUUUGAAUGGUCUGGUGGUUGCGAGAUGGAUCGCCGGAGUUGGCUCUGGAGGCGCAAGUCAUCAGAUAAGAGCCCUGGGGAGAGUGAUAGCUCCGGUUCAAUGACAUCACACUCUGAGUGCUACUUCGAUGAUCAGGAAGCCAAACCUAUCUCCGAUAAUUCUUCCCCAAAUCAUAGUCAUUCACCUGAAGUUUCUUCAAUAAUCAUUGAUGCUGAGAUUCAAGAAGCUGAAACAGCAAAACCAUUGAAUGAGAAGUUAAUGUUGUCAACUAGCUCAAAUGAUUCUUCUCCACAGCAUGGCCAAUCACCUCAGCCAGAGGUGUCCCCAAAUGUCAGGGAUGACGAUGUCCAAGAUUCUGUGAAUAGUUUGAGUGAGAAAUAUUCUGCUGCUGUUUUGGCUAUCAGUUCUAAAGAGGAAUUGGUGAAGCAGCAUAUAAAAGUUGCAGAAGAGGCUGUUGCAGGUUGGGAACAAGCUGAAGCUGAAGUUGCUGCCCUGAAGCGACUACUUGAAACUGCAUCUCAGAAGAAUACUUCUCUGGAGGAUCAGGUCAACCACCUCGAUGAUGCCCUUAAAGAAUGUGUAAGGCAGCUCCACCAGGCACGAGAAGAACAAGAAAAAAUUCGUGAUGCAGUUGCUAUGAAGUCUAAAGAAUUGGAGUCUGAGAAGUAUGAGCUCCAGAACCAUAUUGCCGAGCUGAGUAAGCAGCUCGAAGCCACCAAACUAGAAGCUACUACUGUGCAUGUCCAGCACGAUCUGCAGGAAAAGCUUCAGAUGGUGGAGAAAGAAAACAAAGACCUCAAGGUAGAGCUUCUCACACUGUCAAAGGACCUGAAGAUACUUGCACGGGAAAGAGACCUGAGCAACCAAGCAGCAGAGACAGCAAGCAAACUGCACCUGGAAAGUGUGAAAAAGAUUACAAGAGUCAAGGCAGAAUGCCUUAGGUUGCGUCAUCUAACACGGAGAACUUCCUUGGCCAAUGAUUGUAGGCCCAUACCCAACAAUGCUUGCAUGGAAUGUCUGACUGACAGUCAGUCUGAAAGUGGGGAGCGCAUGCUAGCUGUUGACGAUGAAAUGAAAAAUUCUGAUUCAUGGGCAUCAGCUCUGAUAGCUGAACUUGAUCAAUUCAAGAAUGGCAACUCUGGCACAAGAAAUCUUGUGAAUAAUCCUAUUGAGAUUGACCUGAUGAAUGAUUUCCUUGAGAUGGAAAAGCUGGCUGCAUUGCCUGAAGUAGAACGUGUGAGCUCUAGUUUUGGAGCUGAAACAGAUUCUGACCAGGGUGUGACUAGAGAUGAAUCAUCAAAAGUAGAAACUGAGUCAUUGCAGCGUCAGGUUACAGAUUUACGCACAAAGGUUGACAAGAUUGAAGGUGAGAAAAUAGAGCUUGAAAUGGCCCUUGCAGAGAUCAGAGAUCAGCUUGGCACAUCAUGUGAUGCUCUGAUGGUGGCCAACAACAAGUUGGUCGAUUUGCAGACACAGUUGGACUUGACAAAUGAGUCCAAACAUGAUGCUUUGGGACAAGUUGAACGACUGGACUGUGAGAGGAAAGAUUUGGCAUUGCAGUUGGAGUUGAAGUCUGUACAAGUUGAGGAGCUUCGUGCAGUGGUGGCUUCACUGGAAGAAAGUGUAGAUAGGAAGGAGUUGGAGUUACAGUUAGAACUAGUUUCUGCAGAGGCUGCAGAUCUUCGCAAGACAGUGGCAUCCCUGGAAGAGAAGAUCGAUGCAGAUAGAGCUCUUUCCAUGCAGCACAAAGCAAAUGCAGACAUGGCAGAGGCCACUAAAGAAUCAUUAGAGGCACAGCUGUGGUCUGCAAACACAGAAAUUGGGAAACUGAGAGGGAUUAUGGAAACUUUGGAGAGUGAGGUAUGGAAAGAGAAGGUGUGUCAUGAAGAACUUGUGAAACAAAUAGAGGCCAUGAAGAUUGAAUCAGACAGAACACUUUCUGCAGCGUCUGCCAAAGAGUCAUUAGAGGCACAGCUCCAGGUAGUGAACUCAGAAGUUGCAAAGCUGCACGGUACAGUGAGUGCACUGGAGUGUGAUGCAGCAGAAGAGAAGGCAUAUUCUUCAGACCUCCAGAUGCAACUAGAGGCAGUGGAAGGCAUCCGGAAGGUGUUGGAGUCUGAACUUGAGUCUUCACACCAGGAGACCAUGAAGCUCCAGGAGAAGGUUUUGUCAUUGGAAGGGAGGCUUAAGGACCAGACCUCAUUGCUGGUUGAAUUUACAGCUAAGGCGGAGGAUGCAGUGUCCCGGAGAAAGGCAAUGGAUGGUCAACUUGAAGCAGCAAACCUGGAACUCACGAAACUGAGAAAUAAGGUGAGCUUGCUACAAGGGAAGAUUGAGCAGGAGAAGCUUCUGUCAGAAGAAUACGAAGCAAAAUGCCGCAAGUUGGAGGCUCAGCUGUCAAGGGACAGUCGAGAGGCGAAGCUUUGGCGUCUCGCUAACUCAAACGGAGACCUGAAGGUCAAGCAGGAGAAAGAGUUACCUAGUGCUUCUGGGAAGCUCGCAGAGUGCCAGAAGACCAUUGCUAACCUCGGUCGUCAACUGAAAUCACUAACAGACCUUGAUGGUGUGGCAUCUGAACCUGAAAAGCUCGAGUCCAAGGACACACACCUGGACUUCAGAGAUGGUGAUGAUGGGUUGCUCUCUGCAAACUUGGCUGAUGGAUUGUACGAACUGGAUCUUCCUAAGAGGAAUGGGAGCUGUCUCUUACCAAUUCCAUCAAAUCAGUCCUCGUCCCCGCACACGGAAAUGUCGGUGUUUUCGGGGGGUUUGACGUCUCUUAGUAGCUACUUGAACAAAAUAAGGAAGUGGAUCGCGGCAAAUUUAGCUUUUGUGGGAUUCCUGUGUCGCACCAAUUUCACCGUCUCGUCCUUCCAAGCUAGUAAAGAUUUUAACAUCAUUGAAGUAAAACACCAUUCACCACAUGAUAAAAGAAUCACCAACCCUUUGGUGAAGAACAGCAGCUACCUCACCCCACUGCCCCUCCAAAAUUGCAGGGCAGUUAGUUAUAAGCAGCACACACUCUUGGCCUCGCUAGUCAGGCAGGCAGCCACAGAAGCAAAACUUUCAGACCACACACUGCUUUGCUCAUCAUCCAUGGGUCUCUUCAGCUCGGCUCCGAAGGUCUACAAGCCGGCGGCCGAGGUCAACCUCGGCGCGGACAGCGACGAACACUACAUCAGCCCCAACGUCAAAGCUCCUCGCGUCGCCGGGCUUCUGGUUAAGAUCUUCGCUUGGGUUCUUGAGACGCCAGUCAUCGGCUGGAUCGUGCUUUCCUUCCUGAAGAAAGAUAACCUCGUCUACAAGCUCGUCUCGGAUGCGGAAAUCCCGGAGCCGCCACUGUUCACUGCCACUCACAGCUGGCAAGAUAUCCCUGAGCAGAAUGUCAACCUGACGAAUCCAGGCUUGUCACCGGCGGAGCGCGUUCAGGAGGCCGUCGGCUGCCUUCCUGCUCACCUGGAAUCGGCGCUCGCUGAUCCGUCGUCGGGUUUCAGGCGUUGGACGAUACGCGACUUCACGAGGGCCUACAGUUCAGGGCAAAUUACCCCUGUCACGGUGGCGAGGAGAUUCCUGGCUGCAGUGAAGGAAUGUUCAGGCCCUGAUCUGAACAUGGCCUUCUUCAUCAGCUGCGACCCUGAGGACAUCAUGAGGCAGGCUGAGGAGUCCACCCUCAGAUACCAGCAAGGAGCACCUCUGUCUGCCAUGGACGGAGUGCUGGUGGCCGUGAAAGACGAGAUCGACUGCCUGCCGUACCCGACAACCGGAGGAACGCGGUGGCUGGGGGAGGCGAGGCGGUGCGGCGCGGACGCGGCGUGCGUGGCGCAGCUGCGCGCGUGCGGCGCCGUUCUCGCCGGCAAGGCCAACAUGCACGAGCUCGGCGCCGGCACCAGCGGCAUCAACCCGCACCACGGGUCGACGAGGAACCCUUACAACGUCAUCAAGGUGUCCGGCGGCUCCUCCGGUGGGUCCGCCGCCGUCGUCUGCGCUGGGCUCUGCCCCGUCGCCCUGGGCGCCGACGGAGGCGGGUCCGUGCGAAUGCCAGCGGCGCUCUGUGGCGUCGUCGGGUUCAAGCCGACUGCUGGGCGACUGUCUAACUCCGGGCUUCUUCCUCUGAACUGGACCGUCGGGAUGCCGGGGAUCCUGGCAGCAACGGUGGAGGAUGCGCUUGUCUGUUAUGCAGCGAUUGUUGAUCAGUCCAGACAAACUUCCAUACAGCAGCCUGAACUGAACCUGCCGUUGCUGACCUCUACACGAUCCAUGGCUAGCAUCAGGCUAGCCAAAUAUGCAAAGUGGUUCAACGACAGUUCAGAGGACAUCAGGAGCUGCUGCGGCAAGGCUCUUCAGAUGCUGCGGACGCAAUACGGUUGGGAGACUGUGGACGUGACUGUCCCUGAGAUCGAAGAGAUGCGGCUGGCGCACUACGUGACGAUGGGUUCAGAGUGCACGGCCUCCCUUGCCAACUAUCUCGACAGCAUGGACAAGUCUGGGGUCGGGUGGGACGUGAGGAUCGCGCUGAGCGCCUACAGAUCGUUCAGCAGCAGAGAUUACCUGAACGCGCAGCGGCUCCGGAGCCGUCAGAUGUACUUCCACGAGAAGAUCUUCGAGACGGCUGAUGCGAUUGUCACACCGAUGACAGGGGUGACCGCGUACGCGCUGCAGGACGACGCGCUGCGCACCGGAGAACUUGACUACAUAAACGGAGCUGCGCUGGUGCGGUACUCGAUCGCCGGGAACUUCCUUGGCCUACCUGCCAUCACCGUGCCGGUCGGGUACGACAGGGGAGGGCUCCCGGUGGGUCUCCAGUUCAUCGGCCGGCCGUGGUCGGAGGCGACGCUGCUGCACCUCGCCUACGCGAUGCAGGAGGCGUGCAGAAAGGACUGCAGGAAGCCCAAGGUGUGCUUCGACCUCCUCAAGAAAGACUAGCUUGGAGGUGCUGCUGGAGGAGGAUUCGGUUAUGAUUGAUCAAACGAUUGCGAAAGAUUUGGAGAGAAGUUUCUGACCAUGGCUGUCAAGAACUCAAAACAGAAGAUGAUAGUGCGGAAGUGCAGGAUUGUGGCGAUUGUUCAGUCGGAUUUGUGUGUUUUCUUUUGUCCUAAAAAAGGGUUGUGUAAUGGCUCCUCUUCCACUACUGUGGCUGCCAUCUCGCUGUGACGAACGAUACAGCCGUGGACUCCAUGGUUGGUCCACGGGUCAUUUAUUAUAUUAUUAUUUGGAUGUUAAAAGAA